AUGUUUCGCUUUUUGGUUUCUCCUAUAAUGCUUUUCCUUGGGGCGUGCGCAUCUGCUUCGGCAUUUGUCUCCCGUAGCACUCCGGCUGCGAACGAGAAAUUCGGGCUCUACGCGUAUGGCGAAAACGUUGGGGGCCUUUCUCUAUUCUAUGCAAAUGGCUUGGCUUACAUUGGCGACCCGGCCAACUCGACCUCUUCAACCGCUUCGAGUGUGUCCUUCAAGCGUUCAUCGGACUCUUCUAGCACUUGGAUCGCUAAUCCUAAUAGCACCACCAAGGCCGAGGCUGGCUGGUCUGAUGAACUCCUCUACGUUCCCAGCUCUUCCUCCUCGAAUCAUCAAAUGGGCUUCACCUCCUCGAGGCGUUCCAAUGAGACGACUACCGGAUUUAUAUUCUACGGACAAUGGGUGAUGGUUGAAUUGGAGAGCGGUGAUAUGUCUUCCAGCUUCUAUGUUCGUCGGGAAUCUGAAGGCAAAGGUGUCUAUUCCCUGCUGUGGAAUGUCACCGACGAGGAGACUGCGAUUCCUGUUUUCCCUGCGUUCUGUCAAGCCUUACAACGCAUGAGGCAAUCGCUAUUGUCUUGA